AUUGACAAUGUUAAAAACUGAUGUUUUUAAGAUAUAAACUUAACUUAUUUACUUAAUAUUUUUUUUUUUGUAGAUAUUUAUUUGUUCUACAAAAAUUUAUUUUAUGGAAUUUUUCAAAUAAUUUUUUAAUCAAUAUUAAUAAAUUUUAAAAAUACUUCUUCCGUUCCAUUAAAAUAGACUUUUGAAAAGAAAAAAAAAUUGUUUCACAAAGAUGUAUCAUUUGUGUUUUUUAUAAAAAAAAUUGUGAACUUCAAAAAAUUAAUUGACUUUAUUGAAUUACUAUUAGUUAAAAGUUAUUGAAAAUUGAAAAUUAUAAAAAACGAUACAUUUAUUAUGGUAGUUUAAUCUGUUUUAUUAAUAUAUGUGAAAAUACUAAAAAGUCUAUUUUUUUGGAACGGAGGAAGUACUAAUUAAGAAUAUAUGAAAACUAUUCGAAAUUGUAUGAUAAUUUAAUUAAAAAUGUUUAUUAUAUUUUAGUUUGUUAUGAAAAAUAUAAGCAAAUAUAUAUUUUAGAAACAGAAAGAAAUACAGAACAAAAAAAAUGCUUUAAAUAAUAUACUAGAUUUUGAUCCGCGCUUAGAAAGCACAGAUUUUUCUUUGGAUUAUAAACAAAGUUUUUGAAUUAGGAUUUUGGAAUUGGUGUACAUUAUUAUGUUACAAAGUCAUUAUAUCGAAGACGUGCAUUUAUUUAAAAUAUUAUAAUUUAUAAAUUAAUUUAUAUAAGAUUUUGUAUGUACAUUUUUAUAUAAUUUUUUUAUUAAGCCUGGACAUUUUAUCGGAUCCGAAAAACUAACCAAAAACGACCCGGAAAUAUAGUUGUGGUUUGGGUCCGGGUUCAGGGCAAUGUACAUAUUUGAUUAUUUCUUCAACCCACUGUCUCUGUUUGAUUAUGGGUCAUACCCGAGAUCCAAUUGGGUAUCCAAAGUACAUGGUUUGUGCAUAUUAGCUACAUUUGGAUAUUUCAUAUUUGUAUUUGGUAUUUCGAAUAUGUUUUCAGUAUUAUGAAUAGUUUCUUAAGUUUCGGAUCCAAGUGUUUUAUUAUAGUUUCGAGUUUCACAUAAAAUUUUAAUUUUUUAUAAAUAUUUUGGGUAUUAGAAAAUGUAGUUAGGUAUCUUCCAUUCCUUACGUCAGAUUUAUGUAAAAUUUUGUUUUUUUUGGAAUUCAAAUAUUUUUUUCAGGUACUUGUUUGUGUUUUCAUGUAUUUUUUUCAGGUACUUGUUUGUGUUUUCAUGUAUUUUUUUGUGUGUUUUAAUGUUUUUAGUAUUUUUGGGUGUUCGGGUACUUCAAGUGUUUUUCGAGUUUUAAAAAUCUUAAACCAAUUCGGACCCGUUACAUACCCAAAAGUUAUAGGUAUUUAAAUUAUGGAUCCGGACUCCAAAGGAAUCGAUCCGAAUCCGAACCGAAAUUUUUUAAAUACCUAGUUAUGUCUAAAUGUUUAGGAUCCGAAAACCUAAACCCGAAAGGAAUCAAUCCAUACCUGACCAGAAGAGUCGAUGCCCAAAUAUCUAAUUAUGUCCAAAUAUUAUAUUUUGUAUGCAUUUUAUAAGAAUUAUAUUUUUUUUGAACUUCGUGAGACUUAUGAUUUACUUGGUGGAUUUUGGUAAAUUUAAUAGUAUAGAUUGAAUAUUAACAUGAGAUAGUGAAUGAGCUUUUUCAUAAUAUAGAACAAAAAUAUAGAAAGGAUGUAGUCUAAUGUUACAUAGUUGUUGGAUUAACGAUUGAUAUAGUUUAUUUAUAUUAGAUUAAAGUUUAUUUAUAUUGAGUGAAAUGAAUCAUGUAUGGAUAUGUAUGUCAUAUAUCAUUUUUGUGUAGCAAAUGGUAUGGUAUGUUGUAUAACUUUGUCAUGUACAAAAAGAUGUGGUGUAAUAAAUUAUUGUUAGAAAAAUUUUAGGUGAUUUAUUGUUAGUCAAAUAUUAUGGUAAGACUAAAAAUAUUGUUAAUUAAUGAAAGGGUCCAACAACUUUUUAUAAGUAGAUUUUUUAGGACUCUUUCAUUUUUAAUAGUAUUGAUUCGUUUCAUUUCUAAUCACAAAAAAUCAUCAAUAAAAAAGAUUAUAUUACUUUUUUUGUCACUUAUUUUUUUAUUUAUUUUUUGCAAAAAAAAAAAAGAUUAUAUUACAAAACUAGAAUAAAAGGGGCAUAACGAAGAAACGUGGACACAUGGUUGCAUGAGAAGAUACUUCUAAAGAUCCCCUUCAUCUUUACUAGAAUCUUUCUUGUUUCUCUAAUCAUAUCCAUAAACUAACUCUCUCUCUCUCUCUCUCAUAUAUACAGUGAUGAUAUGUACUUAUAUAUAUAAGCAACCCUGUUCGCUUCACUAAAUUACAAAACCAGGAAAACAAAAAAAAAAGUUGUAUUUCGCAUUUCUCUUGUGAUCUCUUUCUAAUGGAGCAAGAACUACCUUCUAGUACUAGAACCAAGCCCACGCUACCAAACCGACUCAACACUUACGUCGGUUCAAGCCGAGUUGGCAAACGGUUCAAACUCUCCGAACGGAAUUCAACUUUCACGACGGAGCUCCGCGCCGGCACGGCGACUUUCCUCACCAUGGCUUACAUACUCGCCGUGAACGCCUCCAUCUUAUCUGACUCCGGCGGCACAUGCUCUGUCUCCGACUGUGUUCCCCUCUGCUCAAACCCAACGAUCCCACCUUCCCAGUGUACCGGACCGGUUCUCCGACUGAUCCAACCGGACGUAACCUGUAAAUUCGAUCCGGUUAACCCCGGUUACGCAUCGUGCGUGGAAGGAAUCCGAAAGGAUCUGAUCGUCGCCACCGUGGCGGCGUCUCUGAUCGGGUGCGUGAUCAUGGGACUGAUGGCGAAUCUCCCUCUAGCGCUAGCUCCGGGGAUGGGAACCAACGCGUACUUCGCUUACACCGUCGUCGGUUUCCACGGAUCCGGUUCAAUCUCGUACCAAACCGCUCUCGCCGCGGUUUUCAUCGAAGGGUUAAUAUUCCUCUUCAUCUCCGCCAUAGGCUUCAGAGCGAAGCUAGCGAAACUCGUCCCUAAACCGGUCCGAAUCAGCUCCUCCGCCGGAAUCGGACUCUUCCUCGCCUUCAUCGGUUUACAGAACAAUCAAGGACUCGGUUUAGUCGGUUACAGCCCUUCCACUCUCGUCACUCUCGCCGCGUGUCCAACCACCUCACGAGCUUCUCUAGCUCCCGUUAUAACGUCCGCUAACGGAACCGUUACUUUGAUCCCCGGAGGAGCCGUUUCGGGAGAUAUCAUGUGCCUCCACGGACGCAUGGAGAGUCCAACCUUCUGGCUAGGCAUCGUCGGGUUCGUGAUCAUCGCCUACUGUCUGGUGAAGAACGUGAAAGGAGCGAUGAUCUACGGGAUCGUCUUCGUAACGGCCGUCUCGUGGUUCCGUAACACCGAGGUAACGGCGUUUCCCAACACCCCCGCGGGAGACGCGGCUCACGAGUAUUUCAAAAAGGUCGUUGACGUCCACGUCAUCAAACACACGGCGGGAGCGUUAAGCUUCUCGGGGAUAAACAAAGGGCAUUUCUGGGAAGCGUUAGUGACUUUCCUCUACGUGGAUAUUUUGGAUACGACGGGGACGCUCUACUCCAUGGCGAGGUUCGCCGGAUUCGUCGACGAGAGGGGAGACUUCGCGGGGCAGUACUUCGCGUUCAUGUCCGACGCGUCGGCGAUCGUGAUCGGAUCGCUUUUAGGAACGUCUCCGGUGACGGUGUUUAUAGAGUCGUCGACGGGGAUACGGGAGGGAGGGAGGACGGGGCUGACGGCGAUCACGGUGGCGGUUUAUUUCUUCCUGGCGAUGUUCUUCACGCCGCUGCUGGCUUCGAUUCCGGCGUGGGCGGUCGGGCCGCCGUUGAUACUGGUGGGGGUGAUGAUGAUGAAGUCGGUGACGGAGAUAGAGUGGGGGGAUAUGAGGGAGGCGAUUCCGGCGUUCGUGACGAUGAUUAUGAUGCCGUUGACGUACUCGGUGGCGUACGGGUUGAUCGGAGGGAUAGGGACGUAUGUGGUGUUGCAUCUGUGGGAUUGGGGAGAGGAAGGGAUGGUGAGAUUGGGGUUUUUGAAAAGGAAAGUUGAAGAAGAGGAUAACAGCAAUGGAGUUGCCAAAAUUAGCGAGACUCAUACGUCCGUUUAGUUAUUUUCUUUAAAAAUUCGUAUGUUUCACAUUUUUGUUUCUAUUGAUUUGUACAACUGAGUGAUUGUUUAUUUGUAUCUCUUGUAGAUUUUUAAAUGGAAAAUUGUAAAAAUGGGGGGAAAAUAAUCUCGACAAGACUUUUCAUGUUCAGAAAGAAAAUUAUAUAUUAGGAUAGGACAGAAAUAAAUACUGUAUAUGAAUACUCCAAUAGUUAGUUUUGAAAGUUAUGUAAUGGAAAGUUGAGUUUGGUUUUUGAAA